AUGACGAAUGGAUACAACUUAAACNCUAACCCUAAUUACUCUUACUCUUCCAUGGCAACCUCUCCUCCUCCUCCUCACUCUCCUCUAACCCUAUUUCCAACCCUUUCUCCUCCGUCCUCACCAGGAUAUAGGGCAGGUUUGGUCCGUUCCUUGAGCCCCAAGUCAAAACAUACACCAGAAAACGCUUGUGAGAAUGAGAAAUCAUCUCUUUUAGUGGAGGCUGAAGAGGCUAAAAGGUUGAGCAAGAAAGAUGCUUGCAAGUUCUUGAGGAAUGAUGAAAUCAUCAGCUUGGAGCUUGAGAUUGGUCUGAUCAACGAGUCAGAGCAAGAUCUGGAUCUAGAACUCCGUUUGGGUUUUGCUUAGAUGGUUAAGCUGUAGAACAUUAUCCAUAAAGGAUUUGAAGUUCUCAAUUCUAGAAGAUAUGCUGCUUCUCUAAGGUUAAUUAGUUUCAUCUAUAUGAAUUUCUGUAAGCUUGCUAAUUAGUACAACGUCAUGGUUAAUCAUAAUACUAUAAUAUAAGCUAUAUAAAACCUUGGGGCGUUAGAUGUUAUAUAAUAUAUGUAUGUGCUUAAUUACUACCGUUUUAUAUAUGACGAAUGGAUACAGUUUUGUCUACUAAUCGAUUAUUCUCGUCUUAAAAUUU